AUGCCUGUAUAUCAUAUAGUGUUAAUCCGACUAAAGCCGGGUGUCACACCGGAGUUGUUAGAUGAAUUCACCACCAGAGCAAAAGCAAUGGCGAAUCAGGUUCCUGGUCUUACAAAGAUUGACGUUGGUCCUCCUCUACCCAUUACUGCAGAUCGCAGCAAAGGCUUUGAUAUGGCUGUUGUAGGUGUCCUAGAGAAAAAAGAGGACAUUACAGUCUAUGCCACUCAUCCAGCUCACAUGCGUGCUCAUGAACUCCGUGAACAGUUGUGCGAGGAAACUCUUGUAUAUGAUUUAGAAUUUCCUGCUUAG